UAUUGCUACGUGCGCGUGUUGCACAAAAACCACGCGAGCAUUUUAGGGUUGAGAUAAGAUUUUCUUAUAAAUACUUUUCCUUAACAUUCCUUUUCGUUACAAAGAUACCAUGGUCACCAAGUUUCUGAUAGUCUUAGCAGUUUGGACAGCGCUAUGCGCUGGUAGCGCCAUCCCCCCGGUCCCUCUGGACAAUAGCCACUAUGUGGAGGGGGAGAGUCGCUACAUCUGGAUGCCUGAUGGUGAAGGAGUGCCACACUUAGUGGACCUUCAGGAACCUGUGGACGAAUCACUUAUCGACUCACGCAGUGGUGCCAACAACCAGUACUGGCUAUUUACCAGACAAAACCGUGAAAAUCAUCAAGUAAUUGUUAAUGGUAACGUUAACUCUAUCCGAAACUCCAACUACCGGGCUAACCGUGGUCUUGUAGUGCUCGUCCACGGAUGGAACAGCAAUGGAAACUCUGCGAUGAACCCACUCAUCAGAAGAGCAUUCCUGGACACUCAAGACGUUAAUGUCAUCGUUGUGGACUGGAGAAGGGUUGCUGAGACCCCCAACUACUUGUCUGCUGUCAGAGGUGUCCCCAGUGUCGGCCAGUUCCUCGGUAACUUCCUCGUGUGGCUGAUCAACAACGGAGGCGGCAACUGGAACAAUGUCCAUUUGAUUGGCUUCAGUUUGGGAGCUCACGUCGUCGGUAACGCUGGACGCACGGCUGGUCGUCGCCCCGGCCGCAUCACAGGUUUGGACCCUGCUGGACCUAACUUUGGUGGAAGCUCAAACGCUUUGAACGGCAACGAUGGUGUUUACGUCGAGACAAUGCACACUAACGGAGGACGUCUUGGUAUCUUUGACCGGAUUGCUAACGCGGACUUCUACCCCAACGGAGGCAGAAGCCAGCCUGGAUGCUCAUCAGUAGACUACAACUGCUCUCACGGCAGAGCAUACCAUUUGUAUGCAGCCAGUGUGCGGUACAACCGCUUCGUCGGACGACUCUGCAACAACCUCUCACAAGCCCAGAACAAUCAAUGCACUGGCGGCACUCUGAACAUGGGCAAUGGUGUGUUCAAUAAACGCGGAAACGGAAUCUACGGUCUGCGUACAAAUGCCAACUAUCCUUUCCACAUGUAAUUUCAUAUCGGACUGAAUUAAUUGAAUAAAAUAUUGACACCGCAA